GGUGUGUCAGUGUCUGAGGGUCUGUGUCUGUGGUCGUUGUUUCUGAUCCUGUGUCUCGUAUUCAGAGGGUCCGAAGAUUAACUCUGAUGACCGGGGGAACGACUCGAUGCCCAGCAUGGCCACCACGGCGGUGGGCGUGUCCAUCUUCCUGCUCACCACCACUGCAUGCUUGGUGGUCAAGUCCCGCCUCUACCCCUGUCAAUCACACAGCAGGCGCUCCUCGGACCAGCUGGACCUGAUGGUGGACGGACUUCCUGUCUCCCUCCCCUCCUACGAGGAGGCGAUGUACGGCAGCUGGGGGCAGCGUCUCCCCCCCUGCUCAGUGCCAGGACCCACCCAGCUCCUAUUGGCUCAGGAGGCUCCCAGCAGUCACCCGUUGUCCCUCGUCAGCCAAUCAGACGGCGGUCAUUGCCCGCUUCUUUCCAGCCCCGACAACCCCCCACCCCCGUACGAGGAGGUGCAGUCGUCCCGUGGCAGAGCCAGGAGUGAGGGGGGGCUACAUGUGGAGGACAAGGACCCCUGAGGGACAGACGGGGGGCUUCAGGGGUUCUGAAGCAUUUGAUUGACAGCUGCAGGGUUCAUCCUGCAGAUGAAAACUGACUGACCGCAGACUGCUGCACUUUACCAGCAUCAGGACACUCUGUCCAAUCACAAGCUAGUUUAGAUGAAACUCGUAAGCUCUUAUUGGCUGCCUGUUGGGUCACAAAGAUCUGCGGAGGACUGAAAGGUUGCUUGUAUAAUGUGGUGUAGGAAUGUAAAUGGCAGAAGAGCUGUCUAACCUUUAUAUCCUGAAUGCCUUGCUUUCAGGUGUGAGGAAAAUGUAUUGUGUUUUUAAACAAUAUUUUAAAUAAGAAUCCUUCACUUUUAAUAUAAAAAUAAUCACUCUGAAUUUGAGAUUUUCAUAUGGCUGUGUGUGUGUGCGUGUGUGCGUGUGUGCUUUCAGUUUUACUCUGGAGACGUCGCCCAUCCUUCCCCUCAGUGACGGGGCCGAUCUUGCUGUUUUUAUAGAAUCGUCUCUCUUGGUGAUUUAAAGCCAGUGUAAUGUGCAGCAGUGGUGGAAGAAUUACUCAGAUCCUUUACUUCGGAUAAAGUUUUCAUACCAUACUCCACUUCAAGUAAAAGCCAACGCAUUUCAAAUCUUACUUAAGUAAAAGUAUGUAUGUAAUGCAUCAUAUUCUUAAACAUGCUCACAUAUUUGUAUUCUUAUGCUCUGUGAGAACCACAUAUCUCUAAACAGGCCACUUUCCACAAGUUCCUCAGAUGAACAGCCCUGUUUCCAGCGCUGUAUGCAUUUGGCCGCUUCUAAAAGCCUUUUGAAAAUGUAUUCAGAUUAAGAAGGGACAAUUUCCCAAUGGUAUAAAGGGAAAUUUCCUCUUUCAGUUUUUCAAAAACAUUCAACAUCAACACAUGUAGAGAGAUGUGGUUCUCAUGGACAGGAAGGGGUUGAAGAGUGUAAUCUGAAAGUAUCUAAAACUGUACAAUAUUUACCUCUGAGGUGUAGUGGAGUAGAAAUGAGUACAAAGUUGAAAAAAACAUGUUCUUCAAAUGUUGUAAAGAAGUAAAAUAGUGGAGUAAAUAUACUGAGUAAUAUUCCAGCAGUGCUGCUCAGAUAUCAAAUGAUUUCUAUUAGUGUUUCUACAGUGUUCAUUCUGUGCUGAGUGAAGUCAAAGAAUAUUUGAAUUAUUAUCUGAAUGCACAGUAAAAAUGAUCUGAGAUACAUGUUUGGCCCUGGUGGCAGGGUGCAGACGCACAGGUGCUCUUACUGGUUUCUCUCAGAUGAUGGAGUCAGUGGUUUCCUGGUGAGACCCUCACCUCUGACCCUCUGUGAUGCCUUCUCAGACCCUGAAUGUAUUCUGUGUUUCAUGUUGUGACAACACAUUUUAAAUAUGAUAUGGAUUUUAAUAUCUACAGAAAGAUCAUUUGUACAUUGUAUUAUUGCACAUAAUGAUAUGCUGAAUAAAUGUUAACAUCUCG